CCCUCUGCCAAAAUCAACCAAGUCCCAACCCUUAAUAACCCCUCCCAAAUUACUUUCACGACUUCGUUCAACAUAUUUCACAACUAUUGCUGAGCUUUCCACGUCCAGCUACUCAACUCACCAGACCCAGAACCUCAAAUGACUACCGUUUCUAGGAACUACAACAACCCAAAUUAACCCUCUGAAAUGCAAAAUUUCCCCCAAAGUCCGCUUGAAACCUUUUACAUCAAUCGGCAUUUACAUAAUUAAGGACACAGAUCAAAUUAGCAUGGUCCAAACACACGAACAAUCCAAAAAAAAAAACAAAACGUUAACUAAUCGUCUAACAGAAAACCCUAAACAAGCUUCAUAAAAACAGACACCUAACUGAGACACUGAAAAGCAAAAAAUGGCUCAAAUCACAAGGAGGACCAUGGAAGAAGAGAAAACCGGCGAAGCAGCGAUCGCAGAAACAGUCAGCGCGGGUGGUGUUAUUGCCACAGCCACUACUGUUAAUACCACAGCUUUUUUUAAUUAUUUGACUAUUAUACCCCUCAUUUGAAUCCAACUUGCAGCAGUCACCACCUUCUCCGCGUGGGUUAAUGGUCAAUUAAUUAAAAAAGCUGUGGUGUUAACCUGUGAAGCUGUGGCAAUAACACCACCCAAAUCUU